CCGCCGUCGCGACGCGCGACGCUCUCGACAACACUCGCGAUCGCGAACCCCAAUAUUUUCAGACUGUUUAUGCCGCGAACUAUACGCGUGAGAUGAUGGGGACUUGCACCCUCCCGGGAAGAGAGAGGCCUACGAAUGUGUUCAGUGUACCGUUUGGAUGUGUUUUCGUUAUAAGUAAAAUGUGCUGAAGGCGAGUUCCGUUUAUAUGGGUGCACUGGUUCGUCGCCCUACGCGCUGUCACCCACUUUUGAUGAUUAGAAUGAACUAGUUUGUGACGCACAGUACACAUGAUGCCGGUACUAUGAUGCUAUUUUCGUUAAACGAAGACUUAUUAAGAGGUCCUUCACUCUGCUUGACUUUGAUUCAUCGUCUUUAAUGAUGUUUUCUCCAGUGAAACAUAAGCUCAAAUGAGGCGAUUAAGCGUUGAAGAUGAACAGGCCGGGCUACGAUUAUACCGUGCCUGCAUCCACCACCUAUUACGCGAGUAAUAACCGGCCACCGCAAUACGAGCGCGGCUACGGACAGCUCACAGCCGGUCCUCUUUACAGUCCCUCCUCCCAUCCCCUCUCCAAUUACGCAGAUGUAUACGAGGGUAACAACGACACCACUCUUAGGGCAGAAGAGAGGCACUGGUACAUAGAAAACCAUAAAAAUUUACAACCAAGCUAUGAAGUCAGUGUCGAUGCCAUACCUCAAGAUGCCAAAGUUAAGAAAGAGGAGGAGAAGAAAAGUGAAGCUCCAAUCCGACGCUCUGAAGCAGGACAGCCACGACAGAGACGGAAAGAGGAUCGGUGUUCGUGCGAGUGCUGGCCUAGUACUGACAAUAAUAUCGUGCAAGAUAGUACAGGGAACGAGACGACGCGGUCGUUGUCGGGCGUCGACAUGGUCGCCUCGUACGGAGUCUAUGGGAACCCCAGGGAUGACGACAGCUCUGGGUUCGCCCGACUGUCAGAGAAGAGUGCUGUGUAUGGACAAGGGAGCGAUGCUCCAGUACAGGGUGUGAUAGUGAAUCAGCAGGGGAAUAGUGCGGUGGUACGAGCAUCUUCGCCCGUGCAGCCUGCCUGCAGUCGCUGCUGCGGGUGGUCCACCACUGCAGGCAGUGCUCCCGCAGCCAACUCUGAAGAUUAUUGCUGGAUACACUACUGCCGCCCUGCGCUUAUAGUCUUACUACUAUUAUUUUUUCUAGUCUUGUUGGGCGUUUCUACUGGUUUCUUACUGACGAAUAACUAUUUACAUUAUCAGCCGCGGCCUCCAGCUCCUGAAGAGGCAUGUGAAAAAACAUUUUGUCGCUGGGGCGCCGAGUGUGUGUCCCUCGGGGACGGGCGUGCCCACUGUGCUUGCCCCACGACGUGUCCGACAUCGCCGGCUCCCGUGUGUUCCACCGCCGGCAGAACGUACCGCAACCAUUGCUACUUACGUAAGGAAGCCUGCGAGCGACGACUGAACCUCCGCGUCAAGCAUGAGGGCGAAUGUGAUGCUGGAGACCCAUGUACAGGAGUAACCUGUCCAGCAGGUGCCCGAUGUGUGGCCGCCUAUGGCCAAGCUGAAUGUAGAUGUCCACGGAGUUGUCAACGACGCAAGCCUGUGUGUGGGACUGAUGGAAGGGAAUACUCCUCAGUUUGCCAUCUUGACAAACAUGCCUGCGAUAACCAAUUCAACAUUACCAUCAAAUACCAUGGAAAAUGCGAUCCCUGUUCGGAACAUGAAUGUGCUGACGGUGGUGUUUGUCAGUUAAAUGAAGCACGAGCGCCAGUCUGCAGAUGUGGUCCACCAUGUGAUCUGUUGGUGCGGCCUGGCUCCGCUGUGUGUGGCUCUGACUACAAAGACUACCCGAGCGAGUGCGCCUUGCGCAGAGAGUCAUGUAGAACUCGUCAGCAACUCACCAUAGCAUACAGAGGAGAGUGCGCUUCAGCUCAACACCCAUGUGACUCGGUCAAAUGCGGGUCUCGCGAGCAUUGUACACUAGAUGCUCGCGGCGUGGCCGUGUGUGGAUGUGGCGCGGAAUGUGAGGCGGUGGUGCGGCCCGUGUGUGGCUCGGACGGCCGGACCUACGACUCCCGCUGUCACUUGGACCGCGCCUCGUGUCUAGAUAAUCGAGAUGUACGAGUUGCUUACACAGGACCCUGCGGUGUAGAAAAUCCGUGCGCUCGCGCUUCAUGUCCGUGGGGCGGGGCAUGCGUAGCGCGAGGUGGUGCAGCUCAGUGCGCCUGCCCGGUGUGUGACGCCACGCUGACCCCUGUGUGUGCUUCCGACCGCAAUACUUAUGGAUCUGAGUGUAAAAUGCGCAUGCACGCCUGUCAGGAAGGCGUACCUGAUGGAGAACUGAAGGUGCUAUACAAUGGAACAUGCCAGACGUGUUCGGACAUCGUGUGCAAGGGCGGCGGCGACUGCGUGGUGGACGCAGACAGCGGCCGGCCCAUAUGUCGGUGCAACCACAACUGCACCGAGGCACAGGAAUCAGACGUGGUAUGCGGGAGUGACGGGCAGACGUACCCGUCGCAGUGUGAGCUGGACUCGACAGCGUGUCGGGAACAAACUGAUCUGCGGCUCGCCUACAAAGGCGAUUGUGCUCUGUGUGAAGGUGUUCAAUGCGCUUUUGGAGCUCAUUGUGCUGCUGGCGAGUGCGUGUGUCCCACGGACUGUACCGGUGCUGCCCGAGAACCAGUCUGUGGCAGCACAAUGCAAACUUUUCCGAAUGAGUGUGAACUGCAAAAGGCCGCAUGUAGGCUACCUCCGCCAGCUACACUACACGUCAUAUUUUAUGGAGACUGCAAAGACAGACUGGCCGUCGUACCUCCUAUAGCUAUGACUACGACCGCGAUGACCACCACCGAGGCGGAGGAUGGUUCCACAGAUGUGUGGAGCGCCACUGACUUGGACGGCACGGCCAAUCCCUCCGCUUGUCGGGAUAUUCGCUGUGAUUUCGGAGCCAGUUGCGAAAUUGGCUCUGAUGGCUACCCACGUUGCUCCUGCCUUUUCGAGUGUCCGCACGAAACAGAAUACUUCCCCGUAUGUGCCUCAGACUUUCGACUUUAUCCUAGUCUCUGCGCUAUGCGAAAAGAGGGCUGCCAAAAACAACUUGAGUUGAGACUUCGACCGUUGGAUCUUUGUAAAGGUAUGGAAGUAAGACCCUGCGGUAAUAAUAAAGCAAUGGUUGACCCUACCACUGGCCUCGAAAUAGACUGUGGUAACGGGCCGCACAGACAGGAUUGCCCCGUUGGCAGCUACUGUCAUAUCACGCUGACAGCGGCACGGUGCUGCCCCAAAAACGAUUCGAGACAAUUUGAGGAAAAGAAGAUAUCUCACUGUUCGGAGACGUCGUAUGGAUGUUGUUCGGACGGUUCGACCGCAGCCAGUGGUCCUAAUGAGGAAGGGUGUCCAAUCACGAGCUCGACUUGCGGUUGUAACCGGCUCGGCUCGGUGUCGGAUCGAUGCGAUGAGGACGGACAGUGUGUUUGUCGGCCCGGUGUGGGCGGCCUCAAGUGUGACCGAUGCGAGCCUGGCUACUGGGGACUUCCGAGGAUCGGAUCCGGCCACACUGGAUGUAUUCCUUGUGGGUGUUCAGCUUUCGGUUCAGUGAGAGAGGAUUGCGAACAAAUGACUGGUCGAUGUGUUUGCCGAACCGGGGUUCAAGGACAGAAGUGUACUGUGUGUGCCGACCACAGACGCAGAUUAGGACCCAACGGGUGUUCCGACCCUGAAACGGGUGGCGUUGUAUCAUCCUGCGCUGAACUGUCAUGUUACUUCGGCGCGGUGUGUACGGAGCGCACUGGAGGCGCGCUGUGCGAGUGCGCAGCGGCUCCAUGUUCCGAUAGCGACACCAACAUGCUGGUAUGCGGUAGCGAUGGCAAAACUUACGAGUCAGAGUGUCACCUCAAAUUGCAAGCGUGUCGCACGCAAGAGGAUAUAGUGGUGCAAGCGUUUGGUCCUUGCAAGUUGGGCGAGGUGGCUGGUACGGCAGGCCCACCACGGCCAUCGUCACCGAUACAAUUCACACAGCAGGAUGACGGCGCAGCUUCCAAAUCUACCAGACACCUUCUCAAUCCUGACAAAUACUAUAACAAAUAUGACUGGACCAGAAAAGAGACGCCAAGUGACUUCGAUAGCAUCCUAUCUGGACAAAAAUUCAAAGCCACAACGGCAACAGUGGGUUCUGGUGCGGUUGGCGCCCUACUGGGCGACUUGUGCGCUGACGAUGGCGACUGCGCCGCCCUCCCGGGUGCGGAGUGCGCGCGCGACGCAUGUGUGUGUCGCGCAGGGCACGUGCCAACUUUACAUAGAAAAGCAUGUGUUGAACAAAUUCCACAAGAGACCACAGAAGAAUAUAGCGCUUGCUUAUCAGAGCCAUGUUACAAUCUCGGUACAUGUAUUGAUUUGCCUGGAUCCACUUACACGUGCUUGUGUGCCGGCCCUUAUACAGGAUUGAACUGUGAGUCCCUCGCAAAGGACGGACUUCUGGCCACCUACAUAGAGACUCCUUCCUUCGACGGCACUUCUUAUAUAAGACUAAAACCCUUGAAAGCUUACCACAAGUUGAAUAUCGAUAUUGAAUUUAAAGCCUUUUCCGAGAACGGCGUCAUAUUGUACAAUCAGCAAAAACCUGACGGCACGGGUGAUUUUGUUUCGCUCGCCUUAGUCAACGGAUAUUUAGAGUUUAGGUAUAAUCUUGGAAACGGAGUGUUAAUACUUACUUCACUAGAGAAGAUAACAUUAAACGAGUAUCACAAGGUGUCUGCGAAGCGAUACCAUCGAGACGGGAUUUUAUCAGUCGACGAUAUGGAAGACGUGGUCGGCCAAUCUAGUGGCCAUUUAAAAGCGCUGGAUUUGAAUGAAGACGCUUAUAUCGGGAGCGUGCCGACUAACUUUUCUAGAGUCUUCGAUAAUAUUGGCACUCGGCACAGCUUUAUCGGUUGCGUAAAAUACUUGAGGAUAAUACGUCAUCAAGUGACAAAGAAAUUGGGCCGUCCGGAUUCAUUAGUCGUUGCUAUAGAAAACGUACAGGAGUGCCAAUCCAACCCAUGUAUGAGUAUGCCGUGCAAGAAUGGUGCCACGUGUAAAUCUAUAGACGGGUCGGCGACCGAAUAUACUUGUAGCUGCCCUAUCGGAUUUCAAGGAGCCAAUUGUGACGAGAGAUUAGAUCCGUGCGAGUCGAAUCCCUGCGGAUAUGAUGAGGGGCUAUUGUGUGACAUCGGGACGGACGGCGGACACGUUUGCCGUUGUUUGUUUGGAGGUGAAAUUGGCUCCAAUGGAAACACUUGCAAUAAUGACGUAAAUGUGGUACAAGAAACCUGGUCCCCUCAAUUCAACGGGACGAGCUACAUUGAAUUGCCGCCACUUGAAGGGCUGGGCAAAGCGUUCCGCAUUGAAAUUUGGUUUUUAACGAACCGAUUUUCCGGAAUGCUCCUUUAUACUGGCCAGUCUAAUAAAGCCAAGGGGGAUUUUAUAGCGAUUAACCUGGUUAAUGGUUACCUUCAGUUUAGAUACAAUUUGGGGAGCGGUAUUGCUAAUAUAACGUCGCCAGUCCCGAUAACAAAGGGUCGUUGGCAUCGAGCGCGGGUGUCCCGUUCAGGUCGGCAUGGUAGUCUACAGUUAGACCACCAUCCCACACAGAGAGGACACUCUUUUCCUCCAUUGACACAUUUGGAACUGACUCUACCCUUGUUCAUUGGAUCGCUACCCUCUUACAUUCGUCCGCACAAGAUGUCAGGCGUGACCAGCAGUUUCAUAGGCUCGGUGCAACAGGUCUUUGUGAAUGGCAAACCUUUGUCUUUGUAUGGGGCUGAUACGGCUAAGUGUACUAUAGUGCAGGAUGAAGAUCGUCUCCCUUGUGCCACUACUGGGGUCACUCGGUACACUGGGCCGCCUUGUGGAGAGGAUCUAACGCCAUGCAAAAACAAUGGUUCCUGUAUACCCCUCCUCAACGAAUACAAGUGCACUUGUCGAGACGGGUACCAAGGCAGGAACUGUGAGAUUCAGAUCAAUGUUGAAAUGCUUAACGAGAGGACACCAGUCAACUUUGAUGGAAACAACUACUUCUCCUAUCGAAGCAGGGGCAGUCGCAGGAACAGCGGCUCCCGCGGUAUUAGAUAUGAAAUAAAGUUCCGAACAUACAACGACUCUGGGCUCCUAAUGUGGAGAAGAAAAAUCGGUAUACGGCCUCGAGACUUCAUCGGUCUAGGUUUGAGUGACGGGAAACUGCAGCUUAUAUACACGGACACUGAUAUAAAGGAGAUGAACUUGGCGACACACGAGGACUGGUUCCAAAAUAUAGAGUCCAAAGCCAGGGUUGACGACGGCCGGUGGCACACCGCCACGGUUCGCAGAAGGAAGAGGCUGGCCAUGCUUCAAGUCGACGACAAACCGGCUGUUAGAGGGUACUCACAGUCACUGCUAGUGCCCUCGAAAGCAAACCCCAAGCUGUGGAUUGGGGGUUCUCCGUCGCUGCCCCUGGGUUUGCCCGCUGCCCUGUACACGGGGCUCCGCGGCUGUGUCGCCAGUGUGAAGGCAAACGGACGGCAUAUUGAUCUCAGCGCACCCAUACGACCCACGACCGCGGUACGACAUUGCGACUGACGAUACGACUAAGUCGUGCGACCCACGCACGAUGGUCAACGUAAAAUGCCAAGUGGAUUGUGAGAUUUAAAAAAGUAUUAUUUUGUAACUGUUGUGUUGAAUAGUGUUUUAAAGUACCUGUCUAAUAAUGUACCUACCGAUACAUAUCCGUUUCAAUAUUGUGUUCGUAUUGUUUCAAGUUAACAGCUAUUUGAAGAGUCCAUGAAAAUAUCUCUAAAGAGAUAAAGUGUCAUAUCACCUCGUAUCAAAAGUAUUUAUAUAUUUUACCAAAAGAGUGCGUUGCCAUAAUACGUUAUGUUCUAGUUGUAGAUUGAAUAGUUACUAUAUCAAUUAUUCUCUUUUUUAAAUCGGUGCUCGGAUUACACAUCAGAGGUAUAAUGAAAAAAAUGAAAUAAUUAAUAUGCGAAAGUACUGAAUUAUUAAAAAAGACUCUUGAUAUUUUGUUGUUAAAAUUAGCAGAAAUAUAUAAUCUAGUUGAUAGAUUAGUCAGUAAAACUUAAGCAUAGUUUCUAUUAUAUGUGAGAGCAAAAUAUCAUGUGAAAAAUUAUAAAAAGUUUGUAAAACUUUAUUCGUGUAGAGAAUUAUGAUGAUCGGGCUCUAAUGGCGACAUUCCAGCUCCCUGUCUCGAUGACAAAUAAUGUAAUGUAUCAACAAUAAGCAAUCGUAAAUUAAUAUUUUGACUAACGUUUUCUGACUCUUUUUAUUUGAUAAUGAGAUUAUCAUUUUGAUUCCACUUUGCCAUUCCUUUAUAAAUGUGAAGUAUAUUUAGCAAUUAUUUAUAAAUAACAGUGCCAUAGUAAUUGUACAGUAGCUGAUUUAGGGAUUUUAUAUACUCAGUGUUUUGAAGCAUAAUAAUAAAUAGGUUGUGUUCGUAUUUUCCUUUCGUAUUAAAAUAGUAUUUAUUUCUAGCAUAUUUGUGUUGUCAUUGCAGUGAACAUUUUUUACUGAUAUCGCAUUAUUUCCAGGGUAUGAGUAUUACUUAUAAAUUACAUAUUUAGUUUAAGAUUUUAUAGAACAAAUAUUAUGAAUCUCGUUCAGAUCAAUAUGAAAUAAUGCAGUCUUUAAUUAAUAGACAUUUGAAUUUUCCGUGCCAUACUUUAUAAGUGCAUCUAUUAAUUUACUCUCAAAUUACAUAAUUAUAAUGGUGUAUGUGAUUCAUUGUGUUAAUUUUUAAGUUACGUAAUAUCAUUUCCAAUAUCACCUGAGAUUAUUUUAGUAUUUUAAUCUUAGUACUGACGUUUGUAAUAUAUGUACAUAAAUAUAGACUAGAAUUUUUUUACAAGCCGCUUAACUGUUUUAUCGAGAUGUGUAAUAAAUGUUACGAAAUGUCCGUUAUCCUAGAUUAUGAAUUCCAAGUAAGUCUGCGACUCUGUAAGUUCAUCGGAACUACGCUCUAAGCAAAUCCCUCGAGGGUUAAUGUUCCCAGCAGUAGGUAUGAAUGUCACGACUUCACGAGCCUCACACAAACUUUGGACACACUUGACCCCCAAUUGUGACUCAAUCUCCAUAGAGUAACAUUGUACUUCUGUUCGAAUAUUCUAGAACAUGCUGACGUAUGUAAUCGAUCUUCCUAACUUUAAGAAACAUUCAUUACUCUUGCUGCAAUCAAUUAAAUAAGGCCGGCUGUAGGCUAGUUAUGUUAUGAACUAAUAAAUAACGAAUUUCAAUUUUAUUUCUAAGCCUGUACAUUUUAAAGUAACUACAUACGUAAUGUUAUGUAUAGAAAAUUGGUAUCAUAGUCUAGAAUCAAUUACCUAAGGUAACUUUUAGUUUUUCUUUUCAUGUUGUGCUAACGCAAAACUACGCUCUUUGACUAAAAGCUAAGUUCGUUUUUCUACAUUUCGUCUAGCGAACUACUUGUAAAGUAUUAUAAUUAAUACUAAUUAAAUUAAAACAAUGACAAUAUUAAAAUAUAUAUAUCAAAAUGGCAUUUAGAGCUACGUUUUUCGUGUUAGACAUGCUUUGUGAUCGAUCGAGACACAAUUCACUUUUUAGAUGAUAUUUAGAACAACCCUAGUGUUGUUAAUUCGGAUUAAUUUGAUAUAGUAAUGAACGAGUAUAUUCCUCUAUUGUACUUAGUAUAACGUACUUAAUUACAAGAAUAAAAUAUAUUAGAAGAGUAUUCAUAUCCGAAUGAACAACAGUUAGGGUUUUCAGCAAUAACCUAAGUUUAGGUACAAUAUUGUCACUGGUUCGUACAUAUCUUCCAGUCCAGUUUGUUACGCAAUGUGUGUUUGAUGUAACUAUCUUAGUUUAAUAAAUACAAAACCAUAAAAUAAAAUGAGACUGCAAUCCGUAA